AUGCCGGGACAUAUCGAGGACGAUGCCAUUGUUGGGGCGCAGCUUGUUGCCGCUGCUGGGGAUGUGGACCGGCGGGCGUCGAUAGAUGCCCGCAAGGAGCGGCUCACUACCUCCGCCCAAGACGGCUCGCAGGCGCAGGCCGCACUCCCCAUUGCAGAGAAAAAUUUCGAGGCCCUCGGUGAAGGUCUGGAGGACUUCCCUUCGGAGGAGGAACUGAAGACUCUACGCCGGGUCGCGGCCUAUAUUCCCCCGAAGCUAUUCACCAUUGCCUUUAUAGAGCUCUGCGAACGCUUUUCGUACUACGGAACCGUCAUUGUGUACACCAAUUUCGUCCAGCAGCCUCUUCCUCCGGGCUCCAGAACGGGCGCUGGCGGGCCAGAUCCCCAAGCGGUUUCCGGUGCCCUGGGUCUCGGUCAACGGGCCUCCACGGGUAUCACCACGUUCAACCAGUUCUGGCAGUAUUUUAUGCCCCUAUUUGGCGCCUACGUUGCUGAUCAGAUCUGGGGGCGCUACAAGACCAUCGUCGUUGCCCUAAUCGUCGAUAUCAUUGGACAUAUCAUCUUGGUCAUGUCGGCCAUCCCGCCAGUCAUCACUAAACCGGGUGGUAACUCCCUCGCCGCCAUGGUUAUCGGUAUCCUCGUCAUUGGGUUUGGCACAGGAGGCUUCAAGCCGAACAUAUCGCCCUUGAUCGUCGAGCAGUUGCCCCUGGAACAUUUAACGGUCCAGACGCUCAAGUCGGGCGAGCGCGUCAUUGUCGACCCCGCCAUCACGAUCAAUCGGGUGUACAACUGGUUCUACCUCUUCAUCAACAUCGGCUCCGUUAUCGGCCAGGUCUCGAUGGUGUACUCGGAAAAGUACGUCGGCUUCUACCUCUCCUUUCUACUCCCGACCGUGAUGCUGUGUAUCGCGCCUGCCGUCAUGUGGUGGGGACGGAACCGCUACGACCGACGGCCCCCUACUGGUUCCGUCCUCGGCAAGGCCAUGAAGACUUGGGUCUACGCCCAGAAAGGCCGCUGGCACGUCUUCCCCUGGGUCACAUACAAGCGCAUGCAUGACGGGACCUUCUGGGAGAGGGUCAAGCCGUCCAACUUCGCUCCCGGCACGAAGCCGAAGUGGAUGACCUUUGACGACGCCUGGGUUGAUGAACUUGCCCGUGGAUUCUCUGCUUGCGCUGUUUUCCUGUGGUACCCCAUCUACUGGUUAACUACAAUUGCGGGCAAAAGAUACAACCAGAUCAACAACAACCUCGUGUCGCAGGCCGCAGUGAUGAGACUGAACGGCGUGCCCAACGACGUUGUCUCCAACCUAGACCCGAUCGCGAUUAUCAUCCUGAUCCCGGUGUGCGACUUCCUCGUCUACCCGCUCCUGCGCCGGCUGAAGAUCAAGUUCACGCCCAUCAAGAGGAUCACCGCCGGCUUCUUCACUGGGGCCGCGGCCAUGAUCUGGGCGGCCGUGAUCCAGGCCUACAUCUACAAGUACUCGGUGUGCGGCACCAACGCAACCGGCACCCAGGCCGACGGCACGCCGUGCCCGGCCGUGUCGAUCAGCGUGUGGGCGCAGAGCGGCUCGUACAUCCUGAUCGCGCUGUCCGAGAUCUUCGCGUCCAUCACGUCGCUCGAGUACGCCUUCUCCAAGGCGCCGCGCAACAUGCGCUCCAUGAUCCAGGCCAUCGCCCUGUUCGCCACCUCCAUCAGCGCCGCCAUCGGCGAGGGCUUCGUCAGCCUAUCGGCCGACCCGCUGCUCGUCUGGAACUACGGCUCCAUGGCCGUCCUCGCCGCCGCCGCCGGCGUCAUCUUCUGGUUCCAGUUCCGGGGGCUCGACGCCGAGGAGGACAUCCUCAACGAGCUGCCAGAGGGCCGCAUGUACGCCGACGACGAGGAGGGCGGAAUCAACCCCGCGAGCCACGGGGCCGCGGCGGAGAAGGAGGGGAGCGGGAGCGGGAGCCCCCCAAGCCAUGAGGCUACGGUGGGAAAGGAGGCUUGA